AUGGACGCAGAGGAUGCGAGUUUCUUCUGCAAUAUCUGCGGGGGCCCCCCAACAUACAAAAACCUUAUCAAACGGUCCACGCUCCGGUAUCUUGACGAAGCAAUCCAAAUUAGCGAGCAUGAGGCAUUUGAUGAUUACUGCAAUUGCGGAGGGCAACAGGAGCAAGACGGGCAUUCGAGCUUCUGCAAUGCUAGGUUUGGAUAUGACGCGAGAAUUAUCUCCCCGAAAGUCAUCAAGUGGCUUGGUGAUGUUCGUCUGGUAGCCCACCGAAUUCCAGAUGCUGAGCUCUUCACCGAAAACGACUCCGCUGACUUGCCUAUGGUAUCGCCUCUUGGCCAACACGUUGAUCCCCAGUCCGGGCACUUCUUCUAUCCACGCCCGUACGGCGAAGAUCCCAGGUCGAAUAUCCUAGAAUGCAAUAAGGAUGGGUUUUUGGUCCACGAUGCAUGUUUGGAAAUCUUCAAACUUGUAUGUCGUGAUACAACCUCAGCCAUACGACCGAUAAAUCUACGGGAUUUCCUCUCAGUUAUGGACCUGGGCUUAGCGGAUCGCAACAGUGACUCUUUCGAUUGGGGUUAUGGUGAUACAUUUAGUGAGGGACCUCGUUUUGAGUUUGAGGGUUGGGUUCCAUGGGAAGAUUCCGAGUGGACCGUGAUAGAUCCCAGGGGGCCAUUUGAUCUCCGGCCAUUGAUCGCCGAGGCGUCGACCGAAUCUGAAUCCAGUUUUACAUUCACUUUCGACCAGGACAGGGAGAUCCAGCACCAUUCAGACUCAAGGAAGUCAGACUAUCUCUCGCUAAUUCCGUACGAGCUGCGGUUUCGCAUACUAGAGAUGCUUCCAACUCAGUCUGUGCUGAAUAUAUUCCUAGCGAGUCCUCAUUUCAGGCAAUGCGCUAAGAAUCUGCCACGCAGUUUCUGGGAGUCUCGACUAUUCUUCGACGUACCUUGGUGUGCGGACAUAGUCCUGCCCCAGAUGCAAAAGAGGAGCAAAGUCCAAUGGAAUGAGCUCCUUCGUCUGCUGAAGGAAGCAUCUGCAGUGGCGGGAUAUGAUAGCGAUUCUUUGGACUAUCUGGCUCUCAAAAACCGUCGGCGUAUCUGGCUUCAGUGUGAGCGAAUUCUGAGAGAUAUCGAGUCGCAGCAUUCGCUCAAGCGAUAA